AUGUCAGUUAGUCAAGCAGCAUGGCAGGCGGAGAAGGCCACGGGCCAUAGCGACAACGCCACGACGCAGCAAGACGUCGCCAACUACGCGGAGACGGGCAAGGAGGGUUCUUCCAUGAAGGCGCUCGUCUGGCAGGGCAAGAACAAGGUCGAGAUGGUUGACGUCCCUCGUCCCAACAUCCUCGAGGAUCGCGAUGUCAUCCUCAAGGUCACCGGCAGCACCGUCUGCGGAUCGGAUCUGCACCUGUUGCACGGCUCCGUCGUGCAGAUGAGCAAGGGCGACAUCCUCGGACACGAAUUCUGCGGCAUAGUUGACGAGGUCGGUGCGGGCGUGGAUAAGAGCAAGAUCAAGGUCGGCAAACGUUACGUUGCUUCGUUCCAGAUUGCCUGCGGACACUGCUUCUUCUGCGACCAGAAGCUGUCGUCUCAGUGCGAGAAGACAAACUCCAACACGGCAGAGAAUGCCAUGUACGGCGGACGCACCGCAGGCAUGUUUGGCUACUCCCACUUCACGGGUGGAUUCGCCGGUGGCCAGGCCGAGUAUGUCCGCGUACCUUACGGCGAUGUCAACCUUCUCGAGAUUCCCGAGGAUGUCCCCGAUGAGAAGGCGCUCUAUCUGUCCGAUGUUCUCGCCACAUCCUACAACUGCGUCAAGGACACUGCCGUCUACACCAACGACGAGGUCGCGAUCUUUGGCGCCGGUCCCAUUGGCCAGAUGUGCGGUAUCUUUGCUCUUGGUGAGGGUGCGAAGAAGGUUAUCUUUGUCGACCAGGAGCCCCGUCUGUCCUUCGUCAAGGAGCACUGGCCCGUUUCUCACCUCGACAAGCUUGAGCUGGUGGACUACAGCAAGCUCUCCUUUGGCGUGACAAACAAGCCCACGGUCGUCAGCAAGCUCAAGGAGCUCUGCGGCGGCCGGGGUCCCGACUGUGCUCUGGAAUGCGCUGCCGGCGAGUACGCCAAGGGCUGGAUGCACUGGAUUGAGAUGAUGACGGGCGCCGAGACCGACACGAGCGAGAUUCUGAACGAGAUGAUUGAGGGUGUCCGCAACUACGGCCGCGUGGGAAUCACCGGUAUCUACGUCGGCUACACGAACCACUUCAACAUUGGGUCUGUCAUGCAGCGCGGCAUCCGCGUGAUCGGAAACGGUCAGGCUCCCGUGCACAAAUACUGGAAUGAGCUCCUUGAUCAGAUCCGCAAGGGCGAGCUGGACCCCCUCCAGAUGGUCUCGCACCGCGUCAGGUUGGAAGAUUUGGACAAGGUUUACUACAAAUUUCAAAAGAGGGAGGAUUCCAUGCAAAAGGUCUUUGUGGAGACAAAGUUCUCCUUGCCCAAGGCUGAUGGGUCGCCUUCGUUGACCACGUACUGA